AUAUGAAAAACUCUCAAAUUCCAUCAAUAAACAUCCCAGAGAAGAAAUCCUCUUACGCCCUCUCUCCAGCCCAAAAACCCACUCCAACCCCCACCUCCCCACCCUUAUCCCAAUCCUUCCUCCUCAACCUCCACUCCAACCUCAAACGCCAGCUCGACCACCCCAAAUUCUGGCUCCAAAAGCCCAAAACCCUUAAAAAACCCUCCAAACCCCGCCCUCCCUCUCUCACCUCCCCUUCCAAUCCCACCGGAAGCAAGCAGCCAAAAAUGUUGAUGAGCACAAAAAUUUUGAGUAAAUCACCUGAAAAGGAUCAAAUAAAACUAUAUGCUGAAAGGUUUAUGAAAAAUAGAAUUUUCAAGAAGCGCCGGAUGUUUGCAUCUAAAAAUUCUAAAUAAAAAUUCUAGACCCAAUCAAAUUAUCUAUUCAAACAACUGAAGUUGGAUAAAAGACAGCGCUAAAGAAUUAAGCUUUGUAAAAACUGGGAAAGCUUUUGAUCCUCGGGCAUUAAGCAAAUAAAGCUAGGUCCAGAACCAGGAGAGGCCGAUGUUUAAUCCGUAUGCUAAAUAAGCAAGAUAAAGGUCAUUCCAGAGCUGUUUCUGCAAUUCCUUAUGAACACAGGAGAGAUAAAGAAAACCUAAACAAAGACAUGCAAAAGGCUAACUCAACCUGUCUCUCUAACAUGCUAGCGAGAGGAGGUAGCAGAGGGAAUAUUUUGAAUCAAACUCAGAACAACUUCCGAGCAAAGCUCCAAAUCCAGAGACGUCCUAAAAACAUCACCUCCAGACAUCUAAGCAACCCUUCAAGAUUGGACAAUCCUAGUCAGAGAUACUGUAUGAACAGGCUUGAUAUUCUAAGCCAAUGAAACAUUGACUGGAAUACCAAUGUCUAG